CGCGCGCGCGGCGGUGACGUAAUCCGGGCCCGCCGGCAGGGAUGCGGUAGCGGCGGUUGGAGCGGCCGGGACCCCGGACGGCCACCAUGACCCAGCAGGGCGCGGCGCUGCAGAACUACAACAACGAGCUGGUCAAAUGCAUCGAGGAGCUGUGUCAGAAGCGGGAAGAGUUGUGUCGACAGAUCCAGCAGGAGGAGGAUGAGAAGCAGCGGCUGCAGAAUGAAGUGAGGCAGCUGACCGAGAAGCUGGCCCGAGUCAACGAGAAUCUGGCCCGAAAGAUCGCCUCUCGUAACGAGUUUGAUCGGACCAUCGCGGAGACAGAGGCCGCCUACCUCAAGAUCCUGGAGAGCUCGCAGACUCUGCUUAGCGUUCUGAAGAGGGAAGCAGGGAACCUGACCAAGGCCACAGCUUCAGAACAGAAGAGCAGUGGAGGCAAGGAUAGCUGACAAGGCCGCCGGCAGAGGGGCCCGCCUCCACCGCGCCCACCUAGGGCUUCGCCUCCAGCAAGUCUUCACGGCCUCUUUGUUCUUCACGGCAGCGGCUGCUUUCUCUCCUUGUUCUGGGUGCCGAGAGGCAGCUGCCAGCCACCACUGGCUCUGGGUGACAAGGAAGGCCUCGCUGCAGCCCACCAGCUGGGUGUCCUGGCCCUGUGCUCACACAGGUUCUGGGUCGGUCAGUUCUGCUCGGCCUCUGAGGGCCCCCCCACACCCCUGGGCUGCAGGGAAGACCCCGCUUCUAGUCUCGGCAUCAUGUCACCCUCACCUUAUCACUUGGCCAGCAGGUGCCCAGGCAAGUGGGAAGGGGCCAGGGCCCUCCUUCACCUCAGAGCUGACCCUGGGGCCGUAACGUCAAUAAAGGUUGUCUUUGUUAAGAUA